UUGGUUGGGCACUUAAGAAAUUAAGAAUACCUGAAUGCACGUCUUACGAUGGUUCUAAAGAGCGUCUUUCUGCUAAACUACCAUUUGGGAUAUGGAAGAGAGAGAGAGGGAGAGAGAGUCUGUACUGCUUUGAGCCUCUGAAGAGGUUUCACUGCAAGCCCGUCGCUUAUUCUCAGACUAUGCGUUAUUUCGAUCAGGUAUACUUCUGUUGGCAGAAGAAUGAUGCUGUAAAUGGAGGAUAUGUUGAGGCUUCUUUUUAUGUUGGAUACACAAUUUAUUUUUGAAACAUAGAGCGGGGUUUAUCAUUGUCUUCAUUUGCGAGUUCAAAAGCAACAUAUACCAGAUACUAGUAAAGUUUUCUCAGGUGAAAUGUUGAUGCAGAGUUCCCUUCCUAGUUCAAAUGGCGCUGCUCUGCAUUUUUCAUCCGAUCAUGGGAAAGAAGAUACCUUAUGUGAUUGGAGGCCAGGCACUGAAAUUUGGCAGAUGUAUUCUAAUUGUGAUAAAUACCCUCAUGGUCAUUGCAAAAAGGCCAAACCAAUAAUAGAGGAAAAGGAGAAUGCUAAUACUCCAAGCUUCUUAAAUUUUCCAAGAAGUUAUGCCCAGCCACCAAAUCUUAGCACAAUAUCUGAAAGUUGUAUUCCUAAUUUUGUUUAUAGGCGAAGGAAGUUACGGGGAAACUUACUCACCAGUUUUUCAUCACAAUCCCCAGCUAAUGCAAAGAAAAGUGCUGAUAGCCGUUCAUUCACAAGUUUUGAUGCACCUUCUGUGGCAGCCAAGGAGCAACGUGUGGUGUUUCAAGUUGAGCAUGAAUCUCAUACAGUUGGAGCACCCAUCAAGGCUUCUCUUUCAUGCAUAAAAGAACCUUGUAUUUUAAAGUCACAGUCUAUCAAUGGAUGUUCAGUUGGGGAAGGGCAUGUUUCUGGUGCUGCAAUAAAAAAUGGUAGGCGAAAGAUUUUAGAGGUUGAUAGUGCAAAUGACAGUUGCUCAUCAUCAGAAUCAAAUAUGGAACGUGUUUCAGCUUCCAUGGUGACGGAAGUGGAUGACACUGGUGAGUGCUCCUCAUCUAGUGUGAUGGUUAUGGAGGUCAGGGGGGAGGAUCUCUCAGAAAACGAUCUAUGCAUUUCUAUACUUAGAUGCCAGGGGUUGGUUGAAGUUUUGCCUACCAAGAAUGAUGAUUCCGCUGAAGAUGCUGGUCCUAGUAGUGGAAGUAGCUGUUCCCGGUCAUGCAAGAUUUGUGGUCAUACAGAUACUACACUGAAAAUGCUUAUUUGUGACAAUUGUGAAGAUGCAUUUCAUGUUUCUUGCCUCAAUCCCCGUAUGAAGGAGAUACCAGAUGAUGAAUGGUUUUGUUAUUCUUGUUUGAAAAAGAAAUGUAAAAUUCCAAUGGAAACAGGUACCAGAAGAUCACUAAGCAUUGCUUGUGAAAUGGGCAGAUGCAGAAGUACAUUGCUGAAGGGUGACUUGAAUCCAAUAGCAUCGAUGUUGAGAGACACUGAACCAUAUACAAUGGGAGUUCGGGUUGGUAAAGGUUUUCAGGCAGAAGUUCCAGACUGGUCAGGUCCAAUGAUAAAUGAUGUUGAUGCCAUAGGUGAACCAGUUGAAAUGAAUCCUUCAGAGUGUGUUACUUCACAUGAGUCGAACUUCAACAAGCCAUAUACACCUAACUCUAUAGGUAAUUGGGUUCAGUGCCGAGAGGUUAUUGAUGGCAUAGGAGAAGGUAUAAAUGGAACUAUAUGUGGAAAGUGGCGCAGGGCUCCUCUUUGUGAAGUCCAAACUGAUGACUGGGACUGCUUUCGCUCCGUCCUUUGGGAUCCAUUCCAUGCUGAUUGUGCUGUACCUCAGGAGCUAGAAACAGAUCAAGUUCUAAAGCAACUAAAGUAUGUUCAGAUGCUGAGACCCCAGCUAGCUGCCAAACGGCGAAAAUCAGACGAUAGAAAAAAAAGUGAUGGCGAUUCACAAAAACGUACAGUUGAUAAAUCAAACACACAGAUUCCGUAACAUGGUGAGAAAUGCUUGAUAAUUUUGUGUAGAGCGUCCAUACAACUUGCCUUGUCUGUCUUGUACAUUCUGGUCAUAGAAAUCCAAAGUUAGUCGAGUAUUCUACAUCACAGUUGUUUAGCUCUAUAAUUGAUACAGAAGGAUGAACCAGAAUAUAGAUGUUUUGCCCACUUGCUAUUGUCCUUCCUGCUGCUAUGUUCAAUCCAAUUUUACCUUUCAUGUUAAUUUGGCGAAUUUAUUAUUGUUUUCUUUUUGUUUACUAGAAGGAAAUUUUGGGAAUAUUGAACUGGAAAAAAAGUAAUAAAUCCUACCAUUCGAAAGAAUGGUGAACAAUAAUGAGCCUGUUUAAACA